UCUCAGAAAAUAUUAUGCUCGGUAAUUAUAUACAUAUUUUGUUUGAGGAAGAAUCGCAAUAAUUAGAAAUGAUUGGAAAAAGUAGGUCAACAGAUGAUUUUUCCUGGGCUUAAACAUAAACGCAGUUUUCACAAAAUAGAUGGCAGUAAAUCUCGAUGGAGGGAUGUCCCGUUUUGUAUAAAGCGGAUGUUGCAUAUUUUUAAAACCAAAUACCAUCGAUUUUUUUGACUGAAGAUUGAUCCUAGUGGUAAGAAAUAAUUUUUCCAUUACAUAAACGAUCGUAUAGCUAAACAAGGUUAAAUAACAUUUUACCAUUUACGUGUAUGCAGGUUAUGUGUCACAUAAUUCGAUGUGUGAUACGAACAGCUUUACAAUAAUUUUCUUAUUUCAUCACGUGGAAUUCCACAACUCCUCGAAAUUCUGCCGAUAGAGUUACAUUUAAAUGGAUCCUCUGCUUUCAUCAACGUCAAAAAGAUACCGUAAAGAGGCCAGUAUUAAUAUCCCAAUAAUAGAAUGCAAGCGGGAAUUCACCUUGCCACACAAAUUUCCAAGUACGGUCAACUUGUCUAAAUGUAGUUCAGUAUUUAAAGAUCGCGGAAGGAUUACUAUUACUAAUACAGAAGUGCAAAGUAAUGUGAGUGGAAUUAAGAAUAAAAAGGCGUUGUCUACUAAUGGUAUAAAGAAAUUGAGGAUAAAAACAAAAGAUGGCAAAGAUCUGGGAGAAGUUAAAGUACAAAUUUUGACUCAGAAGAAUUUACUAAAUAUCCCAAAGAUUACUAAGGUCCAGCAAGGUAGAAAUUAUGUAAAAAAUAAUGGUACCACUUUUUCUGUCACUUCACAAAAUAAUAUUAGUGCAUUAUUAAAACCAUUAGGAUCUCAGUUACAUGCAGAAGCACAGAAAUCUACUACAGGAUCAUCUUGCUACACAAAACCACAUACACAGUUUGUUGUAAAGCCUGUUUCUUGUAGUGAAUUAUCGGCAUCUGUCAAAUAUAAAAUGCCUGUAACUCAAAAUAAAAGCAAGAACGUAGUUCAAAAGCACUAUGUCUUGGCUAAAGUGAAUAAAAUGGAUCAAAGUAACAAAUUGUUACUAUUAAAUGAGAAUAGGCACAACUUUUUUCAAAAUAUUCCAGGUGUUGCAGAAAAAAAUACAGAACCAGGAAAGAAUAAUAUAGUAUUAGUAAAUAAACAAAAGAAUACAGAGGAAUGUAUUGUCAAAAAUAAUGAGAAAAGUAGAGGAAAUGAAAAUAAUGAUGUUUCAAGAAAAACAAAUAUAUCAAAUAAUAGAAACUCAAUAAUUCAAUUAGCAAAAUCAAAGUUUCCAGUAGUAAGAUGUGAGAAGUUAAAAAUCUCUCCAACUAAAGUUAGUACCAAUAAAAUCACUGUAUCUCCUGAAAAAACAAAGAAAAGAAAACAACAUUCUAAUUUGGAUGGAUGGAAUCAUUCUGCAAAAAAGAUUAUUCUAUCAAAUAGUAAUUCUUGUAGUCCAAAUAGUAGUGAAAUUCAAAAACUUACAAGUAUUUUAAAAAAACCAGCAAAUUCUAUAUCAAAAAUACUUGAUAAUAAUAAAAAUGAUGAUGAUAAGGAUGAUGUUAUGAUUCUAUGUGAAAAAAAUACAACUAUAGGCCAAUAUUAUAAUAAUACACAAGAGAAAAAUUGUACUUCAGUACUUGUAAAUAACAAAAAUGUUGAUAAGAAUACUCAAGGUAUAUUUAUUGAGAUAGGAAAUAAGCCAAAGUUUUGUAAAAAUAAGAAUCAGAAUAAAAUAAGAGCUGAAGAAACUGAAGACAAUGAGGAAAAUGGAAAAUUAUCAGAGUGUUUAAAUGUAAUUAAAGAAGCACUAAUUAGUGUAAAAGAUGAUCAACUUCGAGCUAAAGCUUUGCAUGCCCUUGCAGAAUGUGGAAUAGGUAUAGCAAAGCAAGUCCCAAUUAUUCCACCUGAAAUAUUAAGAACAGUUCAUGAUUCUCAAAUUCAAACUGAUGUAUUUGGACUUCUUGAUAGUGAAAGUUUUGUAUUAGUGAAAGAAAAUAUACCUAUCGUAGAAAGAAUAAAGCAAACAGAAUGUUCCACUGUUACUCUUCCUCCUGUUAUGCAAGAAGUACACACACAAACAGAAAGGGAAAUACAGUGCAAACCUAAAGUUAAUAAUAAUAUCAACGAUAUAGAUUUGUUCCCCAUGUGUAUACAGAAUACAAUACCUUUACAAAAUACACUAGACUUUGAUAAUUGCUUUAAUGAACUUUUUAAUAAUAAUACUGAUGUGAACAGGGUGAAGGAAGUAUUGUCAACACCUCAUUCCUUAUGUAAAAAAGUUGCUAUACAAAUAGAAAAAGACUAUAAUGAAAUGCAGCAUUAUGAUGAUAAUGGGAUGUUGAAUAUACAUCGAGCUGUGGUGAAUGACCAAUUAAACGAAGUGCAAAGAUUACUGUUAAUUUUAGAAGCUUCAAAAACUAGUAUUGAUGUAUUAACAGAAGAUGGAAGGACAAGUUUGGAAUUAGCAAUUAUGAAUGAAGCAUCUAAAGACAUAGUGAAAUUAUUAUUAGAUGCUGGAGCAAAACCAAUUUUAUCAGAACUUGUUCAUGACUCUGCAGUACUUUUAGCCUGCAAACAAUCAUCACCAUUUUUAUCAUAUCUUUUGCGUUAUGUAACAGAAUCUGAACUGCUAAAUAGAGAGGAUUCAACAGGAAUGGCUCCAUUGCAUUAUUGCGCAUUAAAAGGCAAUUUAGAUGGAAUUAAUGCUUUAGUAGAAAUGGGAGCAGAAGUAAAUCUGAAGGAUCAUCGCUCAGGAAGAACGCCAUUCUUCCAUGCUCUUGAAAAUAAUCAUAUGCUAGUCGCGCAAAAGUUAUUAGAAUGUGGCGCCAUGGCGGAUAUAGUAAACUUUUCUGGGCAAUCUGUUCUAUGUUUAGUAGAUGAAACAAAAAGUCUUUCAUUCAAAGCAUUAGUUAAGCAAAUAGCAAUUUAAUUCUACCAGAGCCGCAAAUUUAUUUCUAGAGUCAUUAAUGAUAAAUGUGUAACUAAACAUCACAAUGAAAUGUAACUCCAUGAUUUAUAUAGUUUGCUCGUUAUUGUUGACACAUUUUGGACAAAUUGAAUUUUAUAAGCGAAGAGAAUCACUGCCAAUCAUUGUAAUCUUUUAUUGAAUCGUUCUUGGUAUGUCAAGGGUAAGAUUUAAUAAAUAUAAACUAAUUAAAUAUUUAUUGUUACUUAGAUGGAAGAAAUGCAAAUUAGAAUAGUAUAUUACAUGCAGUCUUAACAUCAGAUUAACCCCUUAAACUACAACGUCGAGCUAGACUUGUGGGUACGUCUUUCAGCGCAAACAUACGAAACACGAAUUAGAAUUGUGGUACGUCUUUCGAACUACAUGCGACAAACAUUUUUUUUUCUUGGCCGCAUUCGGAUGUACAGAUAUAUUUUCUUGAAAAAUAUUAGAAAGAUACCCUUAAAAAUCUUGUUCAAUGAUCAAUUGGUAAUAAUUAUUUAUCAAACAUAUUGCAACAUAAAAUUAGUUGUACCUUGUACAACUUCGAACGCUCAGCCAGACCAUGAAAUAGUUCGACAUCUGACCGACCCUGCCGAUGGUUAUAGCACGCGCAGUUAGUACUUAAAUCGUGGGGCAAGGGGUUAAUGAUUAAUGUCUAAUAAUGUAAGAGCUAUAUGUCUCUAUAUAGUAUAAGUAUCUAUAAGAUUUAAAUAAAUAUUGUAUUUUUAAAUUGCUCUCAUCAACUGUGAGUAAAUGAAAUGAAAUUUGACCAAAUGUAUAAUCCUGAUGCUAGUUCGCAACGCAGUGAGGUUGUACUGUAACGAAUUUCAGAGCUACUGUACACCGACUUCAGGCCAAAGAAGUACUGCCAUACCAAUCUCAAAGACAAUUUCGAUCACAUCGGGGUUAUCAAUUUGUGCAUCUCGACAGUUAAUUCUAACAAUUUAAUAAUUCUUAUAACACAAUAAAACUUUAUUUUAUCACGAAAA